CAGAGGGAUUGAGGAGUACCCCGGCGUACGUUUGUGUUGUGCGCGCUCUCUUCGAGGAUAAUCUCUCAGUGUCGCACGAGAAGUUGUCCAUCGACGUUUGUUCUACGCUCGAUCGUACGAAACGUUUAUUAGUUUUGACUGAGAACCGUAGACGCUGAAUAACUUGUGAAAGAAAAUAAAUCAAGAUGACGAUGGCUACGGAGACAGAGAAUACCGGACCAGAGAGCAAGGAGAUUAAGGAUGUAAAGGAGAUGAAGGAGGCGCUGAAGGACGAAACGCCGCCGGACAAUAAGCAAGAAGAGAAAGAUGCGGCUAAGAAAGAAGAAAGUGGGAAAAAGGAGGAGGCUACCGACGCCGCGGCUGCUACGGCAUCAUCGGCACCGACCAAGGCUAUCAGCGUGCAUAAGACCAACUACGAGAAGGACGUUGUUUAUCUCUAUCAGUUCUCUCGAACGCCGCUCCUGCCCUCCAUCUCGCCGUAUUGUCUCAAGGUGGAAACAUGGUUGCGACUGACCGGCAUCAGAUACGAGAACGUGGAUCACAAGCUGAAAUUCCGUUCCAAGAAGGGCGCGCUGCCGUUCGUCGAGCUAAAUGGCGAGGAGAUCGCGGACAGCAUUAUCAUUCUCCGCGAAUUGAGCCAAAAAUUCAAUAAAGACCUAGACGCUGGCCUUACGUCCGAACAACGAAGCGUUUCCCAUGCGAUGAUAUCGAUGAUCGAGAAUCAUCUGGUUUGGGUAGUCACGUGUUGGCGCACCAAGAAUUUCGAUCAGGUCCUUAAGGGAUACAAGGUGAACCUUCAGCACGUUCUCGGCAGCCGUAUCCCCAAUGGUAUUCUAAACUUUCUCUUCAAGCUUACAUACGGACGUAAGGGCGCAAAGAAGGUGAAGGCUCAGGGCAUGGGAAUGCACACCCCUGAAGAGGUAUCCCAAUUUGGAUGCGCUGAUCUCAAGGUUCUCUCCGAUAUGCUUGCUGAUAAACCCUUCUUCUUUGGAGAUGAACCAACCACGUUGGACGUCGUGGCGUUCGCGCACCUCGCCCAGAUCCUCUACAUCGACAAAGACACGCCGUACAGCCUACGGGACUACAUGGCGGAGAACUGUCCGAAUCUUGUUGGGCACUGUUCGCGCAUGAAGGAGCGAUGCUUCCCCGAUUGGGAUCAGAUCUGUACGACUCUUGACAUGAACACGCAUUUACCAAAACCUGAGAAACAGGAAGAGAAGGAAGGUAAAGAGGAGGCGAAGGAGACGAAAGAGUCGAAGGAGGAGAAAGAGGGCGACAAAGAGAAAGCGGACAAGGAGGAGAAAGAGUUAGAGAAGGAUAAGGAGGUUGACGAGAACAAAGAAAAGGAAAAAGAAGGGAAAUAAGCUGUCUCGAGAGGAAAGGAAAAGUAAAUAAGUCGUUCAAAGGGAAAGAAGAUUUCAAACUUGUGGAAAAUUGUGGGUGUGUGAUCUGGUAAGAAACGGAGGGGGGGAUAAGGGUGAGACGGAGAGGGUGAGUAAAGCAUGAGAGGCGUGUAUGAAUGAACGUAUUGAAAGGAAAAGAGUAAGUGCAUAGAACGGAUGAGAGUGUGCAUGCGAAUAGAGUACAUGAGAGGCAAGAAGGAGGCGAUCGAAUGUAUGUGUACGUGAAAUAAAGAAAGCAAGUGGCGUAGAUGCGACAAGCGUUUUUAAGAUUAGAGCUCUCUACUUAUACGUAUAGAUAUAUUAAUAGGCUCAUAAUGUUAAAUACUUCGUUUAUAUACGGUUCGUAACAUGUUACGUCGUUUCUCAUUGACACACCCGAAGCACACCCGGAAUCGAACAAUCUUUAUCCGACCCAUGGGCCCUUCGCCCUCCCUCCCUGGAUAAACGAAGAAAAAAAAAAAAAAGUAAAAAAAUAAACAGAACGGGGCUAUCUCAUAAGUCAUUAGAAUAUCGUAGGUUUGCAAUAUAUCAAAUGCAAUAGCCUGAUGCGCGCAGGUGGUACGAGAUCUUCGACGAGAACAGUGGCCAAAAGGAUGAAAGAAAAGGAAAGGAAUAAACGCGCCUCGGUGUAUAUCGGUAACAAAAUAAGAUGUACACACAGUGCGGUUUAGAAAGGAGCGAGAUUAUCGUUUAUAGUUGAUGAUGAACAAAAGAGCUCUGGACAUUGAUUCAGGCCUCAUUUUGUGGUCGCUUCUUAUUACCAUUGGCUCUUACUGUGUAAAAUGAGUUACGUACCUAGCGUUCCAAGUAACGUGUACCGUAUACCACAUCAUGAUCUUCGUUUAGUCGCGUUGCUGUUUAGUUGCAUUAGACGAGAGCCCUCUGUUUAAUAAUUCAAAUUACAUGCACGUCAUUUUCGAGUCACCAAGUUAAACGUGAUAGAUUAAUAGUCACGUCAGAGAGGGAGAUUAGUAACUAUCUUUUUAAUUGUCUCUUGUACAUCAUAAUAUCACCUGCUUCGUUCGCGUCAACCUCGAGGCGACACUGUUUUUACACUUGACGCAAUGAUUCAUUAAAAAUAAUAAGUACACUUGUUCACAAUGAUAGGCGGGCCCGCGCAUCUUCGGGUUGACUGGUUCUUCUGUUCUCUUUUUAUUUCUUUUUUACCAUUGACAACGUCCCGACGAGCGAAGACUCAUCUGUGCGAUUGCGGAUCGACAGCAAAUGAUAUAUUUACGAUGAUUUGUACAUUAUUAUAUAGAUAUUUGUAUUGCGUAUACGCGGAUGCAAUCCGAGUUAGGGUGGCGUUCACCGAAUCCGGUUAGGAAGCGAUAGCGACGCAUUUGAAAAGUCGCAGCCGCUUCGACCGUCUUUGUUUCUUCUUUUUCUUUUCAUAAGAGCGAGACGAACCUUGGAUUUAAAAGAGGGCGAGAAAAGAGGCACAGGCAGAAAAGCGUAAAUCUUCUUGUGUGUCUGGGUUUCCUUUCGAUCGUUCGAACCAAUAUAUUCAAUGAAAUGGAAAAGAGAAAAUGAAAAAAACGAACGAAACGCUGUGCUGUCCCGUGUAUUAGUUCAACUUUUAUUAGAUGACUUUAUGAAAAAUUUUACAAUGCGAGGAAAAUGCGAAAAAAAAAAAAUAAAUAAAUAAAAUACAAAAGUGUCUUUCACGCAUCGAAAAGAAAGAAGAAAAGAAAAAGUACAUACAACUCAGACAUUUUUUUAUGUAUAAUGUUAUAUAAUAUCGAACGGGAAUUGAACUGUUUUUGUACGAGGCCGCGCGUUUAAUUAACAAACCGUGGUCGCAAAAUAAUUCCACGAGAAAAAAAAAAAA